UUUCAUUCUGUUAUUUUAGAAGUUACGGGGGGGGACACAUUUUUCCACUUUGGAAGUGUCUCUCGCGCAAACUAUUCAGUUUAGAAAAAAAUGAUAUUAGAAACCUCAAUAUCAUUUUUAAAGACCUAUCCAUAGAUAUCCCACACGUAUGGGUUUGAUGAAAAAAGAUUUUUUGAGUUUCAGUUCUAAGUAUGGGGAACCCCCAAAAUUUAUUGUUUUUUUUUCUAUUUUUGUAUAAACAUCCUAAUGCGGUUCACAGAAUACAUCUACUUACCAAGUUUGAAUAGUAUAGCUCUUAUAGUUUCGGAAAAAAGUGGCUGUGACAGAAUCGGACAGACAGACGGACAUGACGAAUCUAUAAGGGUUCCGUUUUUUGCCAUUUGGCUACGGAACCCUAAAAAGCCACAACCGAAUACAAAACCUCCUCCUUCUAUGAAAUUGAACUCGGUUAAAACUAAUAAUAUAAUACUAAUUAGACGUUGUUAUCACAAACGCAUACCGCGUGCCUAUACGAGUAUAGGUAUAUACGAGUGACAUAUCAUUAAAAACCCGCCUGACCACGCCCACUGAACUGAGUCGAUUCGCUUAAAUUUGACCUUCCUUGAUGCAAAUUGCGACUAUAUAAACUAGAUCACGGGGUAUCGUAUUAAUCAUUCACAUUUGUGAAACAUACAAACAUGUUGUCCAAAAUCGUAGCCAUUUGCGCCUUCGCGGCUGUAGCCCAGGCCGGUCUCCUGGUUGAGCCACACUACUCCUCGGCCGCCGCCGUGUCCUCGCAGAGCAUCGUGCGCCAUGACCAGCCCCAAGCUGUAGCCCACAAGCUAGUGGCUGCUCCCGUCGCCUACCACGCCGCUCCCGCUCACGUGGCCUACCACGCUGCCCCCGCCCCCGUCACCUACCACGCUGCCCCUGCUGCCGUCACCUACCACGCCGCUCCCGCUCCUGUUGCGUACCACGCCGCUCCUGCUGCUGUCCACUACAGCGCUCCCAUCGCUAAGGUGGUCGCUCACGAAGAAAUUGCUCACCCCCAAUACGAGUACUCUUACUCCGUUGCUGACGGACACUCCGGCGACAACAAGUCCCAGCACGAGACCCGUGACGGAGAUGUCGUGAAGGGCUCUUACUCCCUCAAGGAGGCUGACGGCUCCAUCCGCACUGUGGAGUACACCGCUGAUGCUCACAACGGCUUCAACGCGGUGGUGCACAACACCGCCCCCACGCACGCGCCCGUCGUGGUCAAGGCCGCUCCCGUCGUCUACUCCGCUCCCACUUACUACCAUCCAACGAACAAAAUGUUCUCCAAAAUUGUAGCCCUUUGCGCCUUCGCGGCUGUAGCCCAGGCCGGUCUCCUGGUUGAGCCGCACUAUUCCUCGGCCGCCGCCGUCUCCUCUCAGAGCAUCGUACGCCACGACCAGCCCCAGCUGGCCCACAAGCUGGUGGCUGCCCCCGUCGCCUACCACGCCGCUCCUGCUCACGUCGCCUACCAAGCUGCUCCUGCUCACGUCGAAUACCACUCCGCCCCCGCCCCCGUGACCUACCACCACGCUGCCCCCGCUCCCAUCGCCUACCACGCUGCUCCCGCUGCCGUCCACUACACCGCUCCCGUCGCCCACGAGGAAAUCUCUCAGCCAGCCAAGUACGAGUACUCCUACUCUGUUGCUGAUGGUCACUCCGGCGACAACAAAUCCCAGCACGAGACCCGUGAUGGUGAUGUCGUGAAGGGCUCUUACUCCCUCAAGGAGGCUGAUGGUUCCAUCCGCACCGUGGAGUACACUGCUGACCCUCACAACGGUUUCAACGCGGUGGUGCACAACACCGCCCCCUCCCACGCUCCCGUGGUCGUCAAGGCCGCUCCCGUCGUCUACUCUGCCCCUACUUACUACCAUCAUUAAUUCAAGAAAUGUGUAGAUUAAAAUAUUUAAUAUAACAAAUAUUUAUUACACUUUAUAUUUAGCAAUUACAACGUUUUAUUAAGCUCCUUAUUUCAUUAGAAGGAUUCUGUUUUCUAAUAACUACUACUAUAUAUAUAUAUUACUUACUAUUAACAUAUAUGUUAUAUUACUUACUAUUGACAUUAC